CAUAAUGAUUUUAAAUAGCGGUUUGUAAUAAGCAAGAUGGCAGCGUUUUAUUAUUCUUCAAGAACUUUGUGUCGUCCUUCGAUAUUAAAUUUAUUUUCAAAGUAUAAUUUGUCAAUAAAGCAUGUUUCCUAUUACAAUUCUAAUAUACCUGAUGCUACUUAUGGUGGCAGACAUACAGUUUCAUUAAUACCGGCUGAUGGAAUCGGCCAAUCAUUAAUAAUGGGAAUUGUAGAGGUUUUCCAGAAUUCUGGUGUUCCUGUUGACUUUGAAGAGUGUUAUAUUACUGGAGAUACAAAUGAAGAAAAAAUGAAAUCAUUUAAUGAUAUCAAAACGUCAGUAUUAAGAAAUGGGACCGCUCUGAAAGGAAAUUGGGCAACUAGUAUGGGAAUUGACAGUAAAUCAUAUAAUGUUUUACUUCGUCAUGAUUUGGACCUUUACGCCAACGUUGUCAAAUUUAAAUCCUACCCAACUGUUAUUACUCGUCAUAAUAAUGUAGAUUUAAUUGUUAUCAGAGAAAAUACAGAAGGUGAAUACACUAAUUUAGAGCAUGAAAACAUACCUGGAGUUAUUGAGAUGAUUAAGAUCAUUACUAAAAAGAAGUCUGAACGUAUUGCUAAAUAUGCUUUCGACUAUGCUAUGGAAAACAAUCGAAAAAAAGUUACUGCAGUGCAUAAAGCUAACAUAAUGAAGUUGAGUGAUGGUUUGUUUUUAAAAGUUUGCAAAGAAGUUGCUGAAGGUUAUCCUGAAAUUGAUUUUAAUGAUAUGAUUAUUGACAAUUGUGCAAUGCAAAUGGUAUCUAAGCCAGAACAGUUUGACGUUAUAGUUACACCAAAUCUUUAUGGAAAUGUUUUGUCCAAUAUUGCAGCUGCAUUGGUUGGUGGGCCUGGGUUACCUCAUGGUGAGAAUCAUGGAAAUGGUAUUCACGUUUUUGAAUCAGGAACAAGAAAUAGUGGAAUGGAUAUUGCUACAAAGAAUAUUGCUAAUCCAAUGAGCAUGCUAUUUGCAGCAACAGCUUUGCUGCGUCACCUUCAAUUAUCUAAGCAUGCACAACUUAUAGAAUCUUGCAUCCAUAAAAUAGUGACUACAAAUCAAGCACGUACAGUAGAUAUUGGUGGAAACACCUCUACAUCAGAGUUUUUUGAAAUUCUUGUGAAAGAAGUUGAAGCGUAUAGAUACAAAAGAAAAGUACAAAUGAAGAAGUCCUAGUUUCAUGGAUUUGUAUACAAGUUUUUGCGAGCAUUGCUGAAUUGCUCAAAUUUUGAUGUAUUGGUUUUCAGGCUUGUUAAUUUUAGUCCUGAAGUUUCUCAAAGUUCUUUAGUUCAUUAAUAGUAAAUAAGGUCAAGUAAAACAUUUAAUAGUUCAACAUGCGCUUUCUUAAUUAUACAAAUCAAACUCAAAUUUUGUAAAUUAGCAAUUUGUAUAUGUAAAAUAUGUAAAUUAUAAGUUUUUUAAAAAAAAGAUAAGAAAUCUUUAUGUUAAAAGGUAUUAUUAAAUGAUUAUAUUUAUGUAGAGUUUGAUGUCUAAGUAGAAUAUGUUUAAUUUAAAGUU